UCCACAGGAACCUCACGCAGAUGUGCAGUUAUAGUUAAAAUGUUUUCGUUUAUACAAAUUAUGUGCAUAGCCAUUUUUUUUUGGUUGUACAUCUAUAUUAUUAUAGGAGGUUCCUGGGCUUUGUCGAUGAUCAUUGGUUGGUGGCAUUUAACUCUGAAUGCAGCUAUUCUUGCGAGUUUCAGCGAUAGAAAUUCGUAUUAUAGAAUGUUGAAGGAAUUCAGUGAUAUUGAUAUGACUUUAGGGUCCAAUGUAGGAUGUCACGUUAAUAUUAAAAUUAUAUUAUUUACUUUUCUGGUAAUGUUAUAUAGAUAUGUAUUGGAUGCACUGCUUUGCUUUACGGGGUCAUUUAUAUGUCCACCAAUGGCUGUUUCGUUGUACCUUAAAUAUAAUUACAUGUGUUUCUACGCCACUAUGACCAUUAAUUUCUUUAUUUUCUACUGUGCAUAUUGCCGUUUAAAAAUAUUAAACGAAAUAGUGAAAAAGAGCUUUUAUAACGUAACUGAAUGUUUAAAUUUGUACAAGACUAUUAAUGAUACUGUUGACAAGAUUAUGAAAAUAUUUUUAUAUUUGGUAUGUAUUAAAUCACUUGUAUAGUUAUGGAAUAAAUUAAAUCCUAGCCUUCCUAAUGAAUAUAUCAAAUUGUGUGUGUGAAAGGUAAACCUGACAUUCUCCAACAAAUGCGUGAAUUUUAUAUAAAAAUGUCAUGUAUAUACCUAUGUAUGAUAUUAAUAUAUGUAAUGGCAAUUGUGUGUAACUGUAUGACUGUAGACAUCUUUUGUUUUGUAAUUUCAUUUGCUUUUUUCUGGCAUUAAGUUUCCCUUUAUUGCACAAUUAAAAUGUACAUUUUUAUUACCACAUCGCGGUGCGAUGCGAAAAAAAAUUAAC